AUGCGAGAGACGGGUGAGAUGGGGCGAGCUGUGAAGGGUGAGAUGGGGCGAGCUGUGAAGGGUGAGAUGGGGCGAGCUGUGAAGGGUGAGAUGGGGCGAGCUGUGAAGGGUGAGAUGGGGCGAGCUGUGAAGGGUGAGAUGGGGCGAGCUGUGAAGGGUGAGACGCAGCACCCAUCACCCCUCACUCACCCAUCAUCACCCUCACAUCAUCACCCCUCACUCACCCUCAUCACCCCUCACUCACCCAUCAUCACCCCUCACUCACCCAUCAUCACCCCUCAUCACUCACCCGUUAUCAAACGCCACCACGCCCCCCCCAAGCAGCUCUGUUGCGCCACCACGGCCCUCCCCAGCAGCUCAGACGUCCGCAUCUCCCGCAGGAAAAACGUGUCGGACCGGGCAAACGUGGGCCUGCCCCCUGCUCCCGAGCCUACGGCGCUGGCUCGGGAGUCAGAGGGGGCGAGGCCUGGGGCGGUCUGGGAGGCCAUGCGGGAGAUGGCGAAGGCAGAGUGCGUAGAGCCCCUUGAGGGGCGCCCCAGCAGCGUGUGGGACACCCAGUUCAGAAGCUGGGGGGAGGGGGAGUGGAGGGGGUGUGGGGGGUUUUGCUGGUACACGCUGAGAGAAGAACAAGCAAAGGCGAAGGCAGAGUGCGUGGAGACCCUGGAGGGGCGGCCCAGCAGCGUGUGA